UCACUUCCGGGUAGGAGGAGUGGUUGCGAUCGGGUAACGGUGUGAGGAUUCUGGGGAGCCCCUGACUGAAAGUGCCCGGACUUUACUGAGCGGCUAGGCCGCACACCUGUACCAGACCCCGGACUGACACAUGGCGGAAAACUGACACAGUGUCAGGGAGGAUGAGCACAUGUCGAUGGUGCACUCCUGGUGGUUCCGUUACCACAGACCUACUGAAGAGAUAUGCAGCUAAGGAGUUGAGAGAUGAUGAUUUUCAAGGCGCCAACGAUGACCUCAGUUACUGUAUGGAAUGUGUGGUGGAGUACCAUCGGGUCAGGGAUGAGUUACCGCACCUACACAAGGCUCUGUGGAAGCUGGAAACCUCCCGACUGAUUGUUCAGCUGGAAAACUCGAUGCGCGAAGAGAUAGAGGACGACGAUGAACUGUUCCUGGUGGAAGAUGAUGGGGAGAAGCAGCUAUUUGGAUACACAGGCCCUAAUUUUGAGAGCAACCUGCGGAUACCAAUUCUGGAAAUUCUGAAGUACCCAUACUUGCUCCUCAGCCCGCGAGUCAGUGAGCUGUGUGCUGAUGCCCUGUGUAAGAUGGAGCAAGUCAACAACCCCUUUCUGGUGUAUGAAAAGCUUCCUGGCGUGUAUUUACUGCUAGUCUUCCCGAACGAGAACAUCCGUCGCUGGGCCAUAGUAACCGCAAGGGCUCAGGGGAAGGUGGACCGCGAUGAUUACUACGACCUACAGGAAGUUUUCACUUGUCUGUUUAAGGUCAUUGAGCUUGGCCUGUUUGACAACCCAGAUAUCUACAGUUACUCAGACAUUGAAGAAGGGAAGCUGAUUCUCCUGCCAGAUCACCUAUAUGACACGGCCAACUAUAAGAACUACUGGCUGGGAAUCUGCAUGUUGCUGACUGUCCUGGAAGACCAAGCCAUGGACUCCCUGCUGCUGGGACAUGACCGGCAGAAUGACUUCAUGCUCUCUAUACUUCACAUUAUGGAGAAGCAAACAGAAGAUGAGAGCUCCAAUCCCUUUUGGCCAGCCCUGCACUGUUUUAUGAUGAUCUUAGAUCGGCUGGGCUCUAAAGUGUGGGGGCGACUGAUAGAUCCCAUCCAGGCUUUUCAGACAAUCAUAGGGAGCCCAAGUUACAACAGUGAAAUAGAAAACAUCCGGGACAACUACAAGAGGCCUCCCAAACAUGAGCCAGGUGUGGAUUCUGAUGAUGACAUUGUGUCUUGCAGCCAAAUGGUUUAUAGUUUUAACACAGAGAAAGUUAAGAAGGACACAGGAUGGAAGAGUGCAAUCUGCCCUGAUUACUGCCCUAAUAUGUAUGAGGAAAUGCAGAGUCUUGCCAAUAUCCUCCAGUCUGACAUAGGUCAGGACAUGCGGGUCCAUAACAGCACCUUCUUGUGGUUUGUUCCAUUUGUCCAGUCAGUAAUGGACCUUAAGGACAUGGGUGUGGCGUAUAUAAUGGAAGUCAUUCACCAUCUUUAUUCAGAGAUCAAGGAUGUCCUUUACCAGAGGCAUAAGCAAUGUGACAAAGUUACAGAACUUUUCAUUCUUGUGCUGGUGUCAAUCAUUGAACUCCACAGAAACAAAAAGUGCCUUCAUUUUCUUUGGGUUAGUUCGCACAAGUGGGUUGAAGCCUUGGUAAAAUGUUCUCUGCUUCCAGUCAAAGAAUUAAGGCUCCGAAAUAACUCUAAAAUUACUACAAAUUCUGCAUUAUCCUGCUCGCCCAACUCCCAGAACAGCUCUUCUGUGCAGUAUGCCUGCAUCCAAUUGAUUCGCAGCCUGUUACGUGAAGGAUAUCAGCUUGGGCAGCAAGCGACAUGUAAGCAAUAUCUUGACAAACUCAACCUUGUCAUUAGGGGAAAUGUGUUACGAAACCUAGAACUUACCCCAACAGAAGCUCAGGGCUUGCAAGCUUGUUUAAAGCAAAUAAUUAAGUGCAUUAAAGACCAUGCAUCCACAACUUCCACCUCCCUGCAAGACCAAAACACUGCUAAUAAAAUCCCCUCUGUUCCUUUCAUCAAAACUGAGAGGCUAGAUGAUGACGACGAGUGGUUAUCCUGUAACUCUUCUCCACGUUCACCUGUAGAAACAAAAACUGACUACACUUCUGCAGACAUAACAUCCUGUCCUGGUGGUACAAAGACGUGUCAGGAAGCAAAACCUUCAGGGUCAUUGCAAUACUCCCCUUGUUCACCUUCCAUAAGCCUAGCCACUAAGACCAGCAUUAAAAUUGAAUAUUCAGACAACCCGGUAUUGCCAUGCGGUGAGCCACCCACUUUGUACGAAGCUGCAGGAUCAACUGCUGUGUGUGCCAGUAAUUCCUUGGAACAUGAAGGAGGAGAAUCCAAAAGUGGGUUGAGUGGUUGGCAGGAAAAAUUAUCAAAGGUCAUAAAAAAAGCCUCAAGCCUGAAAUGUAAAGUAAAGCAAGAGAACUCAGCCCCUGAAUCUAAAAUUACAAGUAAUAGUAGCUGUGAGUCAAAAACUGACUUGUCUGUGAAUGUUUCACAUGUUAAAACAGAACAUUGUGAUACUGAUCAUGCAAGGGACACUGAUGGAAGUGAUAGUGACGAUUGUCUUCCUGUUAUUGAACUUAAGAGGCCAUUAAAGGUGAAGAGGAAACGGGUCAGCCAUGAAAGCCUCCAUGUUGCUAAAAAGCUAGAAGAGCUUUCACUUGAUCACAGCUGUGCUAAUCAGAAGAGCAGGCCUAUAAACAGGGAUGCUCUUUUAAGUCUGACGGAUGCAGGUUUGGCUGGAAAGUUUACUGGUACAACAAAUCCACGGAUCCCAGAUCUGAUCGAUCAUUGUAGUGAUAUUCAGGUGGCUAGUGAUGAUGACAACAUGCCACUGAGUGAGGUCAAGAAAAAGUUGAUCAAAAGGAGAGACACGGUAAUGACACCACUUACAAACUCGCAAGUCGACCGUGAUCUUGAUGGUUUGUCACUGGCAGCACAUGCAAAGUGUUUGAGCUUUUCCAUAAGUUCAAGCCAGGAAAGUAUUAUUACACAUGAACCAGAGCAAAUUGAGAGGAAGGUUAAGGGAACUACAAGAUUAUCAGCAAUCAAUGAUUCAUCAUCUGAUACAGAAAAAUCUCCAGAUCAGAUCAUUACUAUUUCUGAUUCCUCUUCAGAGGAGGAAGCAAAGCCAAUCAUACAGUCAGUUAAACCUGAUAAAAUGGAGGUGCUUCCCUGUAAAGAAGAUGAAAGGAUUCCAUCUGCUUCAAAUGUUGAACCAAAAAACGAAACCACCUCCUUUACUUGUGAUGAGUACAAUUCACAGUUCUUUGAGUUUGAAACAGAAGAUGAGGUAUUUUCUGUUUGGACUGAUUCUCAGACUGACGAGAAACAGUCCAAAUUUAAUACAGACAUAAGUAAUACCAAUAAUCGGAAAAACACUCUAUCGGCUAACUCUACGGAUUUAGCAGAUGACUUUAACCAGUGGGGUUAUGAUACUGAUUACAUUCCUGAUGAAGUCAUAGAAAAAGCCGUAGAGGCUGCAGAAGAAAAAAUACAAUUAUCUGAUAAAGGAGAUAAAGUUUAUGCAGAUCCUAAAGAGACAACCUCCAAUGAAGGCUUACGAGCAGGAACAGUAUUUGGUGAAGAUGAGCAUAAAUUAGUUACUGAAAAAUCUAAAACCACUGCAGAAAGAAACAAUAAAUUGGUAUCACCAAAGAAAGGGUCUUCAUUAUCUAAUAAGCUAUCAACAAAAAAAAAGUCUAAAACAAAGUUUAUUAAAAGUCCCUUAAAAGCACAUAAGGAAAAUAAAAGACACGAUCACCUCCAUAAUGCAGGUCCUGCUGUAGUUCUUCCAAAGAAAAUACACACACGACCAGGGCCUUCUUCAACAGCAGAAAAGCUUAGUCUGAUAAAACCUCAACGCAAAGCGUUUGACCUCUCACAACGCUCCCUAGACAGUCUAGCAGAACUGCGAGAUUAUGGCAAAGCAGCUGGAUUUGUGGAGGCAAAGAAGCAAAGAACAAAAUUAAUUUCCCCGCAGUCAAUGUUAUCGAAAGCAAACAAAAAGCUGUUGGCUUGCCAAGAACGCCAGUUUUACCGGCAAUCAAGACCUAAGGAUUCUGAGAAAGAGAAACAAGCAGAAACUGACAGCAGCAGAAAGCUUGCGUCUUCUGGGAAAAAGAUAAAAGACAGGUCUAGAAAAGAGACAUCAGUACGUCAUAAUAAAAAUAAGAAUACUGCCACCAAUGAGAAGCCAAGCUUUUCUAAAAGAGAAAAAGCUUGUAAUGGAAAUCUGCCAUGUGUUCCUAAAAUGACAAAUAUGGUGUCUGCUGAUCAAAAUGAGGCUAGAAGUAAGAAAGAUGAUGCUGGGUGUGCUCUUUCCAUGGCACAGUUAAAGCAUUCAUCUUCAGCAGGUCAUGGUGACAAUGUGGGCUCUUCUGUUUUACCAACUAUCAAAGAGCCAGAUGAUUAUGAGCAAGAUGAAGAUGGCUUGUUUCUAACACAGGCCGACCCUAUUGAUAUGGACAUUUGUUCACAAGAAGACCAUGAUAUAGACAUUAGUGUAAAUGAAGAAAACGGUCUAUUUGCCAAGAUGGACUGUUCAUCUUCAUCUGCCCCACCAUCAACAGAUAAACCAAAAUGUAACUAUGCCAAUUGCUUGGAAAAUGUUAAUGCUGUUGGAGACUACUGUGCUAAACAUAUGGCACCUGAAAAAGCUGAUGAUGAUUUGUUUGUCAAACCUGGCUUGCCGAUGUCUCUUCAGAAAUCCACUAAACCUUCCACAACAAAGAUUUUCAGUGCUGGCAGUGCCUCGCGGUCUGCUAAUCUCACAAAGGACCUAGAAAAUCUUUCAAAGCCCCAAAGUGUCUCCAAGUCAAAGCCUUUGCCAGGAAAGCCAUCAGUACCAAGCAUGGCUGUAGCUCCUCCUGUACAAACCGUGGUUUCUGCUCCAAAGGUUACAAAUAACAUCUUGAAGCCUCUUAUUAAUCAGACCAAUAUCCUGCCAGUUAAAAUGCCUCAUUCACACAAUCUCCCACAGCCUCCUGUAGCUAAGUUACCACUUCAGCUUGACCAAGCCUGGCUCAUGCGUGAGAUCCUACGAUGGAGGUAUGACAUGUUUGACCAGGUCUCUCAGUUUGGGGUCCCUAAUAACCUCUGUCAGCUACCACUGGUGAAGGUCCCGCUCAAGUUCUCUGGGUACGAUCAAUACUGCAAUGUUUUUUUGCCCCUGACGCUGCUUAACACGUUUGAGUCGCUGGUUCAGGAGUUGUCUGUGAAGCAGAGGGCUAUUGAAUCCCAUGUCUGUAAACUCCACUUGCAGAACUUCUGCCCUGAUAGUCAGGUGAACCGUGGGGAAUUUCAAGCGUGGAUUCUAGACGCUGACUUGCAUAUGCAGCGUCACCCAAAGGAAGAUGAUUUUGUUUUUCUGAUCACGCCAGAGAGCAGCAGCAGGUUGCCUGGGGAGGAGGCGGUGCCGAACGGCCCUCCAGUGUAUCACACUGCAUACGUAUCACGCUUUACUCGAUCUCAGAGAACACAGAGUGUUGACAGGGAGCAGUACACGCUGUGUGACCUCUCUAUUCACACAUACAGUAAUCUGUCUGCAUUCCGUAACCAGCAAGUGCGAUGUUUGGUAGUCGGCAGCCUGAUAACCACACAGAGGCAAUUUAAAGCUCUCCUCCAGCUGCAGAGGAACCCUUUGUUCAGACCAAUCAUCCACCCCUAUCACACAGACUUCUUCCCAAGGGAUGCCACCAAUGAGAACAUCUCUUUACUCAGUCUGAGGGAGUAUAACCAUGAUCAGAGGAGCGCAAUUGAGAAGUCGUAUGCCAUGGUCAGACAGCACCCUCGCUUGGCCAGAAUAUGCCUGAUUCAUGGACCCCCUGGCACUGGCAAGUCCAAGACCAUAGUGGGUUUACUAUACAGGAUAUUAAUGGAGAAGAGCAAUAAUGUCCCUAAUCAGAAUGUCAAGAACAAGCGUAACAGAGUUCUUGUGUGCGCCCCAUCCAAUGCAGCAAUCGAUGAUUUGAUGAAAAAGAUCAUUCUUGAGUUCAAGGAGAAAUGUCAUGAUAAGAAAAAUCCAUUGGGGAAUUGUGGAGACAUCAAUUUGGUGCGUCUGGGAUCAGAGAAAACAAUUUCUAAUGACGUUGUGAAGUUUAGUCUGGACCGUCAGGUCAACUACAGAAUAAACAGAGCCCAACAGGACCAGGAUAUACACAGACGGAAGGAGGAGCUGGACAGACAGUUGGAUGCACUGUGCCGCCAACGAGCUAUGGAGAGAUGCAACAAGAACACGUGCAUACAGCUUGAUGAUCAAAUAGGCAAACUGUCCAAGGAACGACAACUGCUGGCCAACUCUCUGAAGGAGCUGCGCAGGCGGCCCCAGGAAGUACAGCGCAACAUCAUCCUGGAGUCGCACAUCAUCUGCUGCACUCUGAGCACUAGCGGAGGCCUGUUACUGGAAUCUGCAUUUCGCCAACUGGGACAGGAGCCAUUUAGCUGUGUAAUUGUGGAUGAGGCUGGGCAGUCAUGUGAAGUAGAGACGCUCAUUCCUCUUCUCCAUCGCUGCUCCAAACUGGUGUUAGUGGGAGAUCCUGAGCAGCUGCCACCCACCGUCAUCUCCGUGAAAGCUGAGGAUCUCGGGUACGGACAGUCGCUGAUGUCACGUCUAUGUCAGCAUUUGGAGAGCACAGGGCAGAAAUCUGCUGUCAUGAAGCUGACUGUGCAGUAUCGUAUGCACCCAGAUAUCUGCCUUUUCCCAAAUAAUUACUUUUAUAAACGAAUCUUAAAGACAGACCGGACGACUGAGGAAACGAGAUGUUCUUCCGAUUGGCCAUUCCAGCCAUACAUGCUGUUCGAUGUCGCCGAUGGUUAUGAAAAGAAAGAGCGAGAAUCCUACUCCAAUCCCCAGGAAAUAAAGGUGGUGAUGGCUUUAAUAAAGCUUAUUAAAAGUAAGAUGAAGGAAAACUUCCGUAACAUUGGGGUGAUUUCGCCAUACCGUGCUCAGAAGAUGAUGAUAAUUGAGGCGCUCAGGAAAUCAUUUGGCAACGACAACCGGCCUGGGGAAGUGGACACAGUGGACGGUUUUCAGGGUUGUCAGAAGGAUUGCAUCAUUGUGACUUGUGUCCGGGCAAACUCUAUUCAGGGAUGCAUUGGAUUUCUGGCCAGUCGGCAGCGAAUGAACGUGACCAUCACCAGAGCCAAGUUCAGUCUGUUUAUAUUGGGAAGUCUGAGGACACUGAUGGAGAACAAGGAUUGGAAUAACCUGAUCCAAGAUGCACAUAGAAGGGGAGCUAUUGUUAAGACAAGGGAGGAGCACUACCAAAGAGAUGUCACUAAGAUCUUAAAGUUAAAAGCUGUUGUCCAAAGACCUUUGCCCCCAACCUGCAGAGGGGAGGAGAGGUCCGGGAACAGGCCCAAGGACAUCCCAUGCAACACCCUUCAGCCAGAGGCCCCAAAGCAACCACUUAAUCCACCUCGAGAGGCUAUAAUUCUUCCCAGGGCAGCAACACCACCCCUACGAGUUGUGGUGCACCCAGCUCUGGAUUCAUUUAAAUCCUUGCCAAGUAGUUCAGCUGCAGCUUCAAUGGCUCCUGUACGCAGUCAAAAACUCAGAGACCCCAGGUUGGCCCGCCGUCUUCAGACCACCAAUACCACAAAUCCACAGUUGCCUAGUCUGCCGCAGCAGCCAAAUAGCUCUGCUAGCUACACGCAUCAGAAUCCAUGCUUGUCUUCCACAGCAGGGGCAAAACGAGUGCAUGAGCCUAAGAUCAAAGACUCACGUGUCCUCAGUGAGGAGAGGAGAGUAUUCAAUGAAUCGAGUAAAGAUAUAGACUAUCGGCUUAUGAGAAGGCCGUCUGAAUCAGAACAAGAUGUCAAGAAAAGAAAAGUCUCCUAUUAGAUCAUUAGGCCUGUGGCGUGCUGGCUAGGCAUAUUUGUAGCCAUGUGUACAGAACAGAUGAGCCAUAAACAGCCACUAGAAAUAGACUCCUUGUUAUCCUGCCCACUUUAUGUUGUACCUAUCCAUAUGGGGCUUGGUAUCAUUGUACAAUAAAUGUAACUAAUAAUGUAUAAUAGUUGUUCUGCUGUUUCCGCAUAUAACUUGUGCCUUAUGUUUUACUCUGGGCAGAGGAGCUUGUCCUCUUAUGUGACCUGAGCUACUCUUGCGACAUGGACACUUUAAACACCAAGUCUGCUUUUCAUUUGUAACUUACCAAAUUCUUAAACCGCAGCUCUUUACUGAUGCUGUAUCCAGUUUAAUGCGCCUUGCAGAGCACGUCUGUAACCACGUGAGUGCUAUGGAGCUCACACAGACUAAUGUUACGUACAAGAAGCAGGGUCCCUAUACUUGACAGACACGGGAGAGCUGGCGCCCACAGCAGGUCUGUCAGCGUAUUGCUACUAGAUUGUAGGGCUCCUAAGACUGACUACUAGUAAACAAGUGUUGAUCAUUGUAUUUUGAUGUUUACAGAUAUUGUUAUUACUGGUAUUUGGGUCACGUAUAGCUCUUGUAAGAAACAGUGCUUAAGUCCUCUGGAUACACACAACAAUCUUUUAGUAAAUACAGAAUUUGUGUUUUCUCUUCUUA